CAAAAAUUGAGAGGGGUGAUUUUGGAAAAAGAAAUUACAAGGGAAGAGGAAAGGCAGAGGCACUGGUUUCAGCCGCCAUCGUCGACGCACACAGAGACAGAGAGAGGGAUGAGUUCAGCUGAUACAGUCAAUGUGAAUUCUGCCGAGACCGCCAAAGAACCUGUUCCGGGGCCGAGCGUGGAAGCAAAACAGGAUGAUACUGGUGGAGAAGUAAAAGCUCAAGUUGAUGCUAUGUGGGAACAAAUGAAUAAAGGGGUGUCUAGUAAAACGCUCAACAGUUUUACAAACAAGUCGACGUCUAGUGCGAAAAAAACUGUAAAGAAGGCAUCUUCUAACUGGAUGUCUUAUUUGGGGUUGGCACCAAUAGGAAAUGAACCCCAUGGGAGUGCUGCUUCUCAGAUUGGACCUGGUGUGCUGCAGAACAGCGAAAAUGAUGAAGCCAAGAAGAACAGUGCAAAUGAUGAAGCCAAGAAGGUCGCUGCUGCUGCUCUUGCAGCAGUGAAAGAAGAUGCUGCCACUUCUUCCGCAGGCAGGGGGAAAGUAGUGAUUACUGAGGUCCGGGACUUUGCUGGUCAAGAAAUCGAAAUUAAAAAGCUCUUGGAUGCUGACUCGAAGGAGGCGUCGGAAAGAGCCAAAGCCCCUGCACCUUCACGUGUGGAUGCUGUCCUUGAACAAAUCAAGAAGAAACAGAAGCUUAGUGUACUUGAUAAGACCAAAAAGGACUGGGGGGAAUAUAAGGAGGAAAAUAAGGGGCUGGAAGAUGAACUUGAUGCUUAUAAGAAGAGUUCAAACCAGUAUUUGGACAAGGUUAACUUCUUGCAGCGAACAGAUUACCGCGAGUUUGAGCGAGAGAGAGAUGCAAGGCUGGCUUUGCAAGCCAGGAAACGACCGGAUAUGCAAGAGAACCCAUAGAACUGAAGCAUGUAGAGGGCUGGAGUUGUUACCUUUGGCAUAUUAUUUAUGGUUUUGUCUUGAGCUGAUUGUCCAGGUGAUUCUGUAGUUCCUGGGAAGGUUGUGGCCUCAUCGGAGGAAAAGGGCCUUUGAUCAUGUUACUGGGAUAUGAUAUGAUGCAUUUAUGAGGUUUAAGCUUUGGAAUGCUUUAAGUGCCGCGGUAUUUGAUGCGGAAGGAGAAAACAGGAGGACUAAAAAGAGAAGAAAAACUGUAAAUUUUAGACUGAUUAGUACAUUAAUUCCUUGUUGUCCUUUAUUUGCUUAUUUCAAUUCCGCUUAAGUAAUACUUGGACACAAUUCUUUGGCAAAAGGUUGAACUUAAAAAGCACAUUUUACUCUU